AUGAGUCAAGGCGAUCACGUGUGGAGCACAGACAUGUUGGAAGUCAGCGGCAGACGGGUAGGGGAGGUUGGCGACGGUCCGCUCAUUCCUCUCACCUACUGUGAUGAUGAUGCCAUCCGAAAGAAGCUCGUCCUCAACCCGGACAUGAUGAAGGUUCGGCAAGCUUUGAGCAUCCCUGCCAAGUUUUGUGAAUGGCGCUGGUGUUGA